UACAAGUCAACCCCUUAAGCAGUCCAGGGUUUGUCGAAGCCACCUGUGACGCCGUCGCUGGCGGAUCCGAUGGGGUCGAACAAGACGAGCAGAGGCGGCGGGGCGACCGCAUCUCCUUGUGCCCGUCUCCGGGACGCCUACCACGACUGCUUCAACAGGUGGUAUUCGGAGAAGUUCUCCAAGGGCCAGUGGGACAAAGAAGAGUGCGUCGCCGAGUGGGACAAAUACAGAGCGUGCCUCGCGCAACAUUUGGAAGACAAACAUCUGAGGCGUAUACUCUUGGAGGCAGAAGCUUCUCCAUAUUUUGUUAAAAAUGAUGCAAGCUCCCCUGCAGAUAGAGAUGGCACCACCCACCAGUGACUAUAUAUUCAUGAGGUGCUUCUUGUUCUCCAAGUUUGCACUCAUUAUUUGUGAUAUUGCAUCAUUUGGUCACAAUGAGAAGAUGCGUUGAUUAUGAUAGUGUCGUAACCGUAGCAUGCAAGUGGGUGGAGGUGUAUUUUAGGCUUUGUUCAGAUUUGUCAGCAACAAAUUUUGAUUUACUAGGAUCGGGAAGAUGAAACCGACUCCGUAGUUAAUUAGCCGGGUACUUCUGUUUCUUCUUC